AUGGUGAAGCGUGCGUCGCGAUCAGCGCCACCGCCUUUUGCCCUCGCGCCAUCGCCUUUUGCCCCCGCGCCAACGAGCACGUACCAGGCACUGCUCGAGGGAUUCCGCAACGGCACAAUCCCUCAGGACCUUGACGUUGACGCGAAGCUCGACGACCUUGGCGGCACCCCUCUGCAUGUGGCCGCCAUGGCCGGCAACGUGACGGUCCUCGACGAGAUCGCAUCGCGCGCACUCGACAUCAACGUUCGCAAUCGGAUGGGUAGCACGGCACUGGCGGUCGCGGCGGCCCACGAUGAUCGCGCCAGUGUCGACUGCCUCGUCAAGCACGGUGCACUCGUCAACACACGCGACCAGAAUGGGUCGAGUCCUCUCCAUGACGCCAUUUUCUAUCGCAGAAUUGAUAUGGCACAGCAGCUCAUUGCGGCCGGCGCGGACGUCAACGAAGUUUUCAGGCAUAACCAUUCGCCACUCUACGCUGUAAGCAAGAGCGAUUCGGACGAUUUGGCGAACGCGCUCAUCCCUGCUCUCAUCGCCGCAGGGGCCAACAUCCAAGAUGCCAUGAAGUCUGGGUUCUGCCAAGUGGGCUGGUCCGACAUCAAGUUGGACCGCGUGCGGCUCUUCUUGGCCCAUGGAGCGCGCUUCGCCGACAUGCCUCCGCUUCACAACGAAUCGAUGGUCACCAAUAUUCCGUACUUGCAGCUGUACCUUGAACAAGGCGGCAAUCCUAACAAGCAAGACGAGACGAGCAUUAUGCCGCUUCUGUAUUAUGCUCUCGCAAAGCAAUCGCGGGAGGCCGUCGAGCUUCUAGCACCAGUGGCCGACAUCAACUUUAUCGACUACGCGACUUCGAUUCCCCACUUUCGCGCGUCAUUGAAGUAUUCGACCAAGGCGUGCGUCGAUAUGGCGCCGCUAAGCCAGGCCAUCAACAAAAACCUCGACACCGCACUGCUUCAGCAAAUGCUGCACCAUGCGAGCGUCCAGCCGCCAGAGUACUACGUCGAGGCGUUCAAGAUGGCACUUGAAGCCAAGAGCGCUUCCAACGUGGCGCUACUAGCGUCCAAGGUCGACCUCAAGUCCGAGUGCUUUCUUCACUACGCGGUCCGCAACCCCGACUUUGUGGCGGUGUUGUUGGAACUGGGCGCAGACCCCAACCAGCGCGACCAGUACGGUCGUCCCCCACUGCUCGGUGCCUGCGAACUGCGAGAAGAGACCUCGGCACGCAUUCUGCUGCCGCACACGGCCAACUGCGACAUUCCUGGCUACCUCGAGCUCGAGUACAUGGCAGCUCUCUGCACGCUCCUCGACGAGCCGUUCUGGUGGAAGAAGGAGGCUCUGCCGACCCUCCCGCCUGGUGCCUUCAUGGACGAUACUGCCGUCAUCCAUGGCGAGCUCCAACUCAUUCGCGAUACGGUUGUGCGUCCCCUUGGCCUCGUGCCCAACACGACCCGCGGUGUGUACCACGCCGACGACGCGCUCUCGGUCGACUUGCUCUCGUCGCUCGGCCAUCAUCUGGCGCCGCUCGAAGCUGCCGCGUCCUGGGCUGACAACGUCUUGGAGGUCGUCGAUCCAGCCAUGUACGGCGCAGUGUAUGGCCAAUCUCGCUUCAGCGUCCACCCGCACAACAUGCAAGAGGGAAUCUCUUCGAGCGCCAUCAUCCGCCAUAAGACGCCUUCGUCGAUGGCGCUUGCAGACGCCGUGUGCCCGCACCUGCAGAUGCUGCCGACGCCGGUGACGUGGGACCCGUCCUCGCGCCAAGUGACGCUGGAGAGCUACGUCAACAACAUCCAUCCGUCGCAGUCGGCGCUCUAUACGGUGCUCGCCAAGACACUAUCGACGGUGCUACCGCUGCUGGAUGCCGCACGGUGGGUCCCACGCAAAGACAUCCGGCGCAUUGAACGCGGUGGCGGCCACGAGAACGAGCUACGACUGCUCCGGGAUGCGUACCUCCAGCACCAUGGUCUCGACCCGUCGGCGCCUGUUUUGCAAAAGACGUUGCGGGCCUUCAAGAAGGCGCAGGGACCCAUCACGAGCCAGUUGCAGCCAGCACCACCGACGCUUGAGUGUGCUCAACGGUUCUGGAAGGGCUAUGCGCCACAUUUUGACGACGACGGCCGUAACUGGCAGCUUCCGAGCAAGCCCCAGUCGCACCAGGUGCUCUGCCACGUGCAGUGUCUCCGCGUGACGCCCGAGGCACCGACGAUGACGACGGUGUGGCGGCGUGGGUCGGGCGCUGUCAACGAAGCCAUUGAUUUCACCGCCGUUAUUCUACACGGUGCAGACAACGUCUCGCUGCGGAUCGAGUUCCGAGAGACGUAUAAAUAUGUCGACUUUGGCCCGCACAAGCGCAAUCCUGCGAUCGAGGUGCUUCUCAGCGACAAGGUCCCUGGGCGCGUGAGCCAAGACACGGGGUUUGUGACCUUGCGACCAGGACGUCUCCUGCUGAUUCGGAGCUCGGCCGCGUACCGCCUUCAUCUUCAUUCCGCUGACUCCUCGCGUGAAGGCGUCGCAAAGCUCCUCUUCUGGGGCUUCGUGCGUCCGAGCGGAACGACCGCCAAAGCCAUCAGUUGCUUUGCGAGAGAGGGCGAAAUGAUCGACAACGCCAUCUUGUCGACGGCCGACGUCCCACCGCAACAACGCGCCUGGCUUCUCGAUCUUGUCAACGCAACGCCACUCGGUCGCGUGCCCACUGUCGUCCAAGAGCUCGUCAUCGACUUUGUUGGCCACGCAACGCUCAGCACAGAUGAGGCCCGCGCGGCGGCCAUCGUAGCCAAGGCUGCUCGCGAGGUCAUUGUCGCCGCAUCGCUCGCCUAG